CUCCCACCGCUGUCCAUUUGGGUCCGUGCACCGCACUCCUCGGACCCAAGGCCGCCGGCGCUGUCGCCGCUCACGUGUGUCCCGCGGUGCUCUCCCGCCGCGCCGCCCGUCGGGCAUGGACUCGGGCCGGGACUUCCUGACCCUGCACGGCCUGCAGAAUGAUGAGGACCUACAGGCCCUGCUGAAGGGCAGCCAGCUCCUGAAGGUGAAGUCCAGCUCGUGGCGGAGAGAGCGCUUCUAUAAGUUGCAGGAAGACUGCAAGACCAUCUGGCAGGAGUCCCGCAAGGUUAUGCGGACCCCCGAGUCCCAGCUGUUCUCCAUCGAGGACAUUCAGGAGGUGAGGAUGGGACAUCGCACAGAGGGCCUGGAGAAGUUUGCCCGUGAUGUGCCUGAGGACCGCUGCUUCUCCAUUGUCUUCAAGGACCAGCGCAACACACUAGACCUCAUCACGCCAUCGCCAGUGGACACCCAGCACUGGGUGCGGGGUCUGCGCAAGAUCAUCCACCACUCGGGCACCAUGGACCAGCGGCAGAAGCUGCAGCACUGGAUUCACUCCUGCUUAAGAAAAGCUGAUAAAAACAAGGACAACAAGAUGAGCUUCAAGGAGCUGCAGAACUUCCUGAAGGAGCUCAACAUCCAGGUGGACGACAGCUAUGCCCGGAAGAUCUUCAGAGAAUGUGACCGCUCCCAGACAGACUCCCUGGAGGACGAGGAGAUUGAGGCCUUCUACAAGAUGCUGACCCAGCGGGAAGAGAUCGACCGCACCUUUGCCGAGGCUGCGGGCUCUGGGGAGACCCUGUCGGUGGAUCAGUUAGUGACGUUCCUGAAGUGCCAGCAGAGGGAGGAGGCCGCAGGGCCUGCGCUGGCUCUCUCCCUCAUUGAGCGCUACGAGCCCAGUGAGACUGCCAAGGCGCAGCGGCAGAUGACCAAGGACGGCUUCCUCAUGUACCUACUGUCAGCUGAUGGCAGCGCCUUCAGCCUGGCGCACAGGCGGGUCUACCAGGACAUGGGCCAGCCACUCAGCCACUACCUAGUGUCCUCCUCGCACAACACCUACCUGCUGGAGGACCAGCUCACAGGGCCCAGCAGCACCGAGGCCUACAUCCGGGCACUGUGCAAAGGCUGCCGCUGCUUGGAACUUGACUGCUGGGAUGGACCCAACCAGGAGCCCAUCAUCUACCACGGCUAUACAUUCACUUCCAAGAUCCUCUUCUGCGACGUGCUCAGGGCCAUCCGGGACUAUGCCUUCAAGGCAUCCCCCUACCCCAUCAUCCUGUCCCUGGAAAACCACUGCAGCCUGGAGCAGCAGCGCGUCAUGGUGCGACACCUGCGGGCCAUCCUGGGCCCCAUGCUGUUGGACCAGCCUCUGGACGGCGUCACCACCAGCCUGCCCUCCCCUGAGCAACUGAAGGGGAAGAUCCUGCUGAAAGGGAAGAAGCUGGGAGGGUUCCUGCCCCCUGCAGGGGAUGGCGGCCCUGAGGCCACCGUCGUGUCAGACGAAGAUGAGGCUGCUGAAAUGGAGGAUGAGGCAGUGCGGAGCCGAGUGCAGCACAAGCCUAGGGAGGACAAGCUGAGGCUAGUGCAGGAGCUUUCCGACAUGGUCAUUUACUGCAAGAGUGUCCACUUUGGGGGCUUCUCCAGUCCUGGCACCUCUGGGCAGGCUUUCUAUGAGAUGGUGUCCUUCUCUGAGAAUCGCAUCCUCCGACUGCUCCAAGAAUCAGGAAACAGCUUGGUCCGCCACAAUGUGGGGCACCUGAGCAGGAUCUACCCAGCCGGAUGGAGAACGGACUCCUCCAACUACAACCCCGUGGAGAUGUGGAAUGGGGGCUGCCAGAUCGUGGCCCUGAAUUUCCAGACCCCUGGGACAGAGAUGGACGUUUAUCAGGGCCGCUUCCAGGACAAUGGGUCCUGCGGGUACGUGCUGAAGCCUGCCUUCCUGAGAGACCCCAACUCUGCCUUCAACUCACGUGCCCUGGCUCCAGGGCCCUGGUGGGCUCAGAAGCGACUCAACAUUAGGGUCAUCUCAGGGCAGCAGCUGCCAAAAGUCAACAAGAAUAAGAAUUCAAUUGUGGACCCCAAGGUGACGGUGGAGAUCCACGGCGUGAGUCGGGACAUGGCCAGCCGCCAGACUGCAGUGAUCACUAAUAAUGGUUUCAACCCAUGGUGGGACACGGCAUUUGAGUUUGAGGUGGCUGUGCCCGAUCUUGCCCUGGUUCGCUUUGUGGUGGAGGAUUACGAUGCCUCCUCCAAGAACGACUUCAUCGGUCAGAGCACCAUUCCCCUGAACAGCCUCAAGCAGGGCUACCGCCACGUCCACCUCUUGUCCAAGAACGGAGACCAGCAUCCGUCAGCCACCCUCUUUGUGAAGAUUUCCCUCCAGGACUAAGUGUGGGAGUCCCGUGGUGUCUGGCCUGAGUGUCCACACCUGGGGGCAGGGCAGAUGUGGCUGCUGCUGACCUCUCACUCACAGCCAGUGGCCCUGGAACUGCCUUUGGUUCUAACACACUGUGCUGCUGCUGCUGCCUCCCCAGGAUCUCAGGAGCUGGCCCAGCCCCUGGAGCUGUCCGUGAUUCCGUUAGGAACAACACUGCAGCCCUCUCGGCCCUCUGGCCAGCCCUAGAUUGAGGGUUUUUAUAAAACUCACUGUAAAAUUAAACGCUAUGGCCUCUUUACCUGGACGGCA